CCAGUAUGUCUACUCUCCAGGGCACGCCUUUCAGUUUGAAUUGUUGACGUAGGACGCUCACGCCCCACGAUUAUCAGUUGCGGAUUUGCUGCUCUCCUCGGGCUAAAUCUGUUCGGCCAGCCAAUGCAGCUAUACUAGAGGCCUCUGCCUGUACUUCCUGCGUAUGCUAUAGUUUACAGUACAUAUCAGCUCAUUUGUGUUCAGGCACGCUAGUUGCUACUUUCACCAGAUGCACAGGUAUCGGCUGGUGUGUCCAGAUGACUCAUCAGGAGCAGCAGGAGAUCCUGUUUAGGGAGAGCCUGGAGGCAGCUAUGUCCUGGAUGAAGGCCGUCCAGGAGCGGCUCCGGCUCAACGACAACACCCAGGGUCCCCGGGCAGCCCUGGAGGCCAGACUCAGAGAGACAGAGAAAAUCCACCAGUCGGAGCACGAGGGUCAUUUGAAGUUUGACAAGGUGCUUGUGGCUGCAGAGGUCUUACUGCAGAACGGUAACCAGGAGACGAGGAACAUCACCCAUGCCAGACUCAAAGAACUCAAAGCAUUAUGGGAGGAGACCUGCACCUACAUCAUCCACUGCCACAGCCGUAUAGAGUGGGUGUGGCUGCACUGGAGUGAGUACCUGAAGGCCUAUGAGGAGUUUGAGAUGUGGCUGGUCAGCGUGUGUCGCAGUCUGGAGCCGGAGGUGGAGCUGCAGCUGGGGGUGAAGGAGAAAUUGUGGCAGGUAGACAACCAGCGCGUCCUGCUGAGUGACGUCCAGAACCAGGCACUGUUGCUGGAGAGGCUGGUGGACGAGGCUGCAGCGCUGAACAACCGCAUCCAGGAUCCCAGUGUGGACCAGGAAGCACAGGAGAGACUCCAGCUGGUCUACAACAGCAUACGGGACAAGGCUGAUGAGAGGCUGUCGGUGCUGCAGAAGAUGGCUGAAGAGCACCAGAUGUACCAGAGAGACGUCCUGAAGUUCCAGGCCUGGCUGGUGUCCAAGACUAAGGAGCUCAACACCCUCACUGAGACAGAGGACACAGCCGAGAACAAACUCCGAGCCCUACAGACCCUGGAUGACAACGUGGCCAGUGAGGAGAGGACGCUGCAGCACAUUGAGGUCAUGGCGGAGGCAGUGCGGGCCAACACGUCCCCCGGGGGGGCAGAUGUGGUGGUGGGGGAAGCAGAGGAGCUGCGUCUGGACUGGCAGAGGCUGAGACAGAGCCUGUGUGAGGCCGGAGAGAGCCUGAAGAGCAGCCUGGAGUCUCGGAGCCAGUACCAGAGCCGCUGCCAGCGUCUAGGGGAGGACAUCGGGCAGCUCCGGGGCCUGCUCCACAGACUGACCAGAGACCUGGAGACAGCCAGGGAGGGAGACAGGACCAGAGACCUGGAGACAGCCAGGGUGGAAGACAGGACCAGAGACCUGGAGACAGCCAGGGAGGGAGACAGGACCAGAGACCUGGAGACAGCCAGGGAGGGAGACAGGACCGGAGAUCUGGAGACAGCCAGGGAGGGAGACAGGACCAGAGACCUGGAAACAGCCAGGGAGGGAGACAGGAUUGAGGAACAGAUGGUUGGGCAGUGGAGGAAAUACAUGAACAUCCGGAAUACUUUAUUGGCAGAGGAAUCCCAGAUGGAGCGCCUCAAGGCCCAGCUUAAAGAACUCUUCCGCUUUUCCCAAGAUUCCCAGCAUCUCUCUGACGACGUCCUGGCUGUGGUGAAGGAACAGCAGAGUGUGAAGUGUCGUGCUAUGAAGCUAUGUGUGGAGUCAGAGUUGGGGCUGAGACAAGUGCUGCAGGAACCUCUGCAUGGAUUCUCUCAGUGGAGUCAGGUUGUCUCUCAAGUGCUGGAGUCUUCUGCUGAAGUGUCUGAGUUCUCACACGUCUCCAUGCUGGUGCAUAACAUCCAGAGGUUGCUGAAGCACAGUCUGCAGCUGCAGGAGCAGUUGCGUUUGAUGCUGUUGAAGAGAGAUCUGCUGUGUUCAGUGUUCGGCUCAGACAGCGCAGAGAGUCUAAUGACAGCGCUCAAUGACACCGUGAGGAAAAGGGAGUUACUGCACAACCAGCUGCUGCAGAGGAAAGGAAGACUGCAGGGUUUGAUCUCAAGGACAAAGGACUUUGGGGACGCCUGCAAGUCAAUCAGGAACAAGCUGACCCUGCUGAGAGAGAGACUGACCUCAGCAGACAGCCUCCAGCCAGACAUACUGGCCAAGAAGAGCCAGUCAGACCAGCAACGGGUGAUCAAGAAGGACUUGGAGGACUGUGAGGCCCACAUCACAGCUCUGGAGACUCUGGUGUCGUCUAGCUCUGCUAACAGGACACAGUUUGAGAGGCUUUACGAGGACUGGAGAAUCCUUUACAAGUCCGUCAGGGUAAAGGUGAAGGAGAGUGAGGAGAGCAUCGGGGGGCACGAGAGUUUCCAUGUGAGCCUGCUAAACGUGGAGAAGUGGUUGAUGAUUAUGAGGCAGAAGCUGGAGUCCUACCGCAGUUCUACUGGGGAGUGGAGCCUGGACAACAGACAGCAAGAGGCUGAGAGGGCACUAGGUGAGUUCCCAGAGAAGGAACUGCAGCUGCACCAGACAGAGGUUCAGGGCCAGGGGGUGCUGGAGAGGACCUCUGAGGAGGGCCGGGUGCACAUCCUCAGGGACAUGAAGCACCUGAGGGAGUCCUGGAUGGCCCUCCAUGACCUCAGCCUCAACCUCUUCAGGCUGCUGAAUGGGCACAGCUCUGAGGACCCUGACUUAGACACCCAGAGGGAGAGGGUGAGAGGCCAGGCUGGGGAGAGGCCAGGCCCAGGCAGGGAGCUCUUUCCUGGGGAGGGAGGAGACAUGAUCAAGGGUAGUGGCUCCAGCAGCAGGAUGGAGGGUGCUCCAGAGAGAUCCCCAGGAGAGGGCCAUGGGGUCUGGCUCUCUCAGAGCUCUGGGGUAGGGGCUGGGAGAGGGGGAAGAACAGGGUUAGGAGGAAGGUUGGAGCGAGGGGAAGGAGGGGAGAGUUUUGGAGCAGAAGAGGGUAUUUGGGUCGAGGGAGCGUUUGAGGGCAGUAUGGAGGUUAUGGAUCUCUCUGAACAUAGGGAGAGACAGGGCAGGGAUCGACAGACUCUUGGUCAACAACUGAGUCCUAUGACGUUAACCUUGGCAGGCAGUCAGAGACGGGGACAGGGCGGUGGGAGUGGGGACAGGGAGAGGGAAAGGGAGAAGGAGAAGGAGAGGGGUGGCGGUGAGCACAGCCUGGGUGUAGAGGAGGUGGACUCCUCCAUCGUUUGGAGAGGGGGGUGCGGUCAGAGGGGAGAGGAGGGAACCACAGGGAUGACAUCAGGCCACACAGGGGGCAGAAGCACCCAUGGUGGAGGAGGAUUGGUGGUGGGGGACUCUGGCUCCAGGGUUAGCGGGGUAGUGGGGGACUCUGGCUCCAGGGUUAGCGGGGUGGUGGGGGACUCUGGCUCGAGGGUUAGCGGGGUAGUGGGGGACUCUGGCUCCAGGGUUAGCGGGGUAGUGGGGGACUCUGGCUCCAGGGUUAGCGGGGUGGUGGGGGACUCUGGCUCCAGGGUUAGCGGGGUGGUGGGGGACUCUGGCUCCAGGGUUAGCGGGGUGGUGGGGGACUCUGGCUCCAGGGUUAGCGGGGUAGUGGGGGACUCUGGCUCCAGGGUUAGCGGGGCUGUGGGGGACUCUGGCUCCAGGGUUAGCGGGGUAGUGAGGGACUCUGGCUCCAGGGUUAGCGGGGUAGUGAGGGACUCUGGCUCCAGGGUUAGCGGGGUGGUGGGGGACUCUGGCUCCAGGGUUAGCGGGGUAGUGGGGGACUCUGGCUCCAGGAUUAGCGGGGUAGUGGGGGACUCUGGCUCCAGGGUUAGCGGGGUGGUGGGGGACUCUGGCUCCAGGGUUAGCGGGGUGGUGGGGGACUCUGGCUCCAGGGUUAGCGGGGUGGUGGGGGACUCUGGCUCCAGGGUUAGCGGGGUGGUGGGGGACUCUGGCUCCAGGGUUAGUGGGGUAGUGGUGGACUCUGGCUCCAAGGUUAGCGGGGUGGUGGGGGACUCUGGCUCCAGGGUUAGCGUGGUGGUGGGGGACUCUGGCUCCAGGGUUAGCGGGGUAGUGGGGGACUCUGGCUCCAGGAUUAGCGGGGUAGUGGUAGUAGAUGUGUCUGAGUCCAGCAGUAGUGGGCAGACAGAGGAGUGGGUGGAUGGGCAGAGGUCCAGAGGAAUGGCUGAAUCCCUGGCCAUGGAGUUAGAUGUGGGGUUAGGGUCAGGCUCUGGGUUAGAGCACGGCAGCAAAGGCAACUACGACAAGGGAACAGGUGGAAUGAGAGACCACAGUGAAGGGGGACAUCUGCGACACAGAGGCUUUUUCCCGCCUAUCAAGACCAGAAUGGAGGAUUCAGUCAUGGAUGGUCUCACUCUGUCAUUCCAGCAAGGCUCUGCUAGAAAACCCUCUGGAAGGCUACAGGGCUCAAGUCACCACACCACGGCAGAUGUUGGGGCAACCCUGAGUGCAGGGGACUAUGAGGACAGGAGGAGGGAGUUUGAGGCCUGGCUACAGAAGGAGAACGAUACACUCUCAGGGAUUCUGAGCACAGAGGGACUGCUGAGCACCAAAGAACUCAAGAUCAGGCAGAACACACUCAUGACCUUGCAGUCCAGUGUAGACUGGGGUCAGGAGCAGUUCCAGCUACUACUGAUGGCUUGGGCUGUAGCCGGGGCCAGGGCUGACCGUGGGGCUGAGGAUGUGGGCAUGGAGGAGAUACGUUAUCGCUGGAUGCUCUAUAAGUCCAAACUGAAGGAUGUAGGAGACCUCAAAGCCCUGUUGAAUGUCAAGCAGGGUGCCGGUGCUGCUGGCCGAGAGGAACACACCAGGACAGCUAAGGAGAAGACUCCAGGCCUGCUGUACCGUGUGUGUCGGGUGGCCCUGCCCCUCUGGCUCCUGCUGUUGGCUCUGCUCCUCUUUGCCUUCUUCCUGCCCUGGAUGGACGAAGCCUCCAGCUGCUCUCUGUCCAACAACUUCGCCCGCUCCUUCAACAUCAUGCUCCGUUACCACGGACCUCCACCCACAUAGGAAAGGAGAUAUAGGAUUAUGAAGACCAUUGGUCUUCACCCUCAAUCCAUUCUGUGUGUGUGUGUCAGUUUGGGUCAGUGAGUGUGUGUCAGUGUGUGGAUGCGUUUCUGCUGUAGGUGUCAGUGUGUGGGUGGGUGACCUCAGCUGUUCUCACACAGUCAGGCCAAUUCAGCUCCUCUAUCACACAGGCUGGCAGCACUUCACAGAGAACAGCACUCCACACUCCUAUUCACACUACUACAGUAGCUAAUGGCCACCAAACACUUAGCAUAAUGUGGGAGUAGUGAGCGGAGGUGAUGUGGGAGUAGUGAGCGGAGGUGAUGUGGGAGUAGUGAGCGGAGGCAUAAUGUUGGAGUAGUGAGCGGAGGUGAUGUGGGAGUAGUGAGCGGAGGUGAUGUGGGAGUAGUGAGCGGAGGUGAUGUGGGAGUAGUGAGCGGAGGUGAUGUGGGAGUAGUGAGUGGAGGCAUAAUGUUGGAGUAGUGAGCGGAGGUGAUGUGGGAGUAGUGAGCGGAGGUGAUGUGGGAGUAGUGAGCGGAGGUGAUGUGGGAGGAGUAGUGAGCGGAGGUGAUGUGGGAGUAGUGAGCGGAGGUGAUGUGGGAGUAGUGAGCGGAGGUGAUGUGGGAGUAGUGAGCGGAGGUGAUGUGGGAGUAGUGAGCGGAGGUGAUGUGGGAGUAGUGAGCGGAGGUGAUGUGGGAGUAGUGAGCGGAGGUGAUGUGGGAGUAGUGAGCGGAGGUGAUGUGGGAGUAGUGAGCGGAGGUGAUGUGGGAGUAGUGAGCGGAGGUGAUGUGGGAGUAGUGAGCGGAGGUGAUGUGGGAGUAGUGAGCGGAGGUGAUGUGGGAGGAGUAGUGAGCGGAGGUGAUGUGGGAGUAGUGAGCGGAGGUGAUGUGGGAGUAGUGAGCGGAGGUGAUGUGGGAGGAGUAGUGAGCGGAGGUGAUGUGGGAGUAGUGAGCGGAGGUGAUGUGGGAGUAGUGAGCGGAGGUGAUGUGGGAGUAGUGAGCGGAGGUGAUGUGGGAGGAGUAGUGAGCGGAGGUGAUGUGGGAGUAGUGAGCGGAGGUGAUGUGGGAGUAGUGAGCGGAGGUGAUGUGGGAGUAGUGAGCGGAGGUGAUGUGGGAGUAGUGAGCGGAGGUGAUGUGGGAGUAGUGAGCGGAGGUGAUGUGGGAGUAGUGAGCGGAGGUGAUGUGGGAGUAGUGAGCGGAGGUGAUGUGGGAGUAGUGAGCGGAGGUGAUGUGGGAGGAGUAGUGAGCGGAGGUGAUGUGGGAGUAGUGCGCGGAGGUGAUGUGGGAUAAGGAGGUGGAUUUUUAUUGCCUUUAUUUAAGGGGUGAAAUGAUGCUUACAUGGUCUUAGAUAACUUAGAUAACUAACUGAGUGUGAUCUGUCAUAUACCAAAAUACCUAUCAUGGUUUGCUGCCAUUUUAAAGAAUGGUGUGGAUAACACUUUUUUAAACUGCCUUUAACCCUGAUAAAUAACAUUAUGCUUUUUAAACUGCCUUUAACCCUGAUAAAUAACAUUAUGCUUUUUUAAACUGCCUUUAACCCUGAUAAAUAACAUUAUGCUUUUUUAAACUGCCUUUAACCCUGAUAAAUAACAUUAUGCUUUUUUAAACUGCCUUUAACCCUGAUAAAUAACAUGCUUUUUUAAACUGCCUUUAACCCUGAUAAAUAACAUUAUGCUUUUUUAAACUGCCUUUAACCCUGAUAAAUAACAUUAUCCUUUUUAAACUGCCUUUAACCCUGAUAAAUAACAUUAUGCUUUUUUAAACUGCCUUUAACCCUGAUAAAUAACAUUAUGCUUUUUUAAACUGCCUUUAACCCUGAUAAAUAACAUUAUCCUUUUUAAACUGCCUUUAACCCUGAUAAAUAACAUUAUGCUUUUUAAACUGCCUUUAACCCUGAUAAAUAACAUUAUGCUUUUUAAACUGCCUUUAACCCUGAUAAAUAACAUUAUGCUUUUUAAACUGCCUUUAACCCUGAUAAAUAACAUUAUGCUUUUUAAACUGCCUUUAACCCUGAUAAAUAACAUUAUGCUUUUUAAACUGCCUUUAACCCUGAUAAAUAACAUUAUGCUUUUUAAACUGCCUUUAACCCUGAUAAAUAACAUAAUGCUUUUUCUUCUUGGAUGAAUGUCAGAUGUUUUUAAAGCUUUAUUUUGAACCUGUACAUGAUGCCUGUUGCACAGAUGACCCUUAUCAAUUGUAGCACUGAGUUAAUGACAGCCUAGCGCUUCAAAGAUCAGGAAUAGUUGACAUUCUAGAUGCAGGAUGUCCACCGAAACACAAUAUCUGUUCUAUCAUGAGUCAACUCAAAUCUAACACAUACCGAUGAUGAUUAAGCAAGUCAGUCAGUAAUGGUAUACAGGAUGUCCCACUUCUGACUGUCCAAAUAUACAUCCUACUUGUACUGUACUGUACUGUAGGCAUGUUUCAACCAUAUGCUUCCCUUUCUCAAGGUUCUAUGCUAUAUUUGAACACUUUCGUAAUGAUCCCUUGGCACAGUUAAACCGUUUGGUGAAUAUAGCAAUUAUAAAGCCUUGUACUAUGGCCCCUGACUUUUUCUUGGACCACAGACAGUGUUCUAGAUGCCAAAUUUACUUUGGUUUUUAUACGUAAUGUUCAGCAGGGCCCAGAUUAUAAGAUGGAAAUAGCCGCUGUUAUGGGAGAGGGGCCUUUUUUGAGCAGAUUCUUAAAAUGACGCAAUGAACCUCUCAACCUUGACUUUUCCCCCUCUCGUUCUCUGUUGCUCGCUCGCGCUCUCUUUUUAUCUCCCCACCUCUACCCCUCUGUUUCUAUCUCCCUCUCUUUCUCCCCCUCCUAUUUCUUCCUCUCUCUUUCUACCAUCUCCCACCUCCCCCCCCCCCUUUCUCCCCCUCUAUUUCUUCCUCUCUCUCUCUUUCUACCAUCUCCCACCUCCUCCCCUUUCUCCCCCUCUAUUUCUUCCUCUCUCUCUCUUUCUACCAUCUCCCUCCUCCUCCCCUCUUUCUCCCCCUCUAUUUCUUCCUCUCUCUCUCUUUCUACCAUCUCCCACCUCCUCCCCCCCUCUUUCUCCCCCUCUAUUUCUUCCUCUCUCUCUCUUUCUACCAUCUCCCCCCCCCCCCUUUCUCCCCCUCUAUUUCUUCCUCUCUCUCUCUUUCUACCAUCUCCCACCUCCUCCCCCCCUCUUUCUCCCCCUCUAUUUCUUCCUCUCUCUCUCUUUCUACCAUCUCCCACCUCCUCCCCCCCUCUUUCUCCCCCUCUAUUUCUUCCUCUCUCUCUCUUUCUACCAUCUCCCACCUCCUCCCCCCCCCUUUCUCCCCCUCUAUUUCUUCCUCUCUCUCUCUUUCUACCAUCUCCCUCCUCCUCCUCCCCUCUUUCUCCCCCUCUAUUUCUUCCUCUCUCUCUCUUUCUACCAUCUCCCUCCUCCUCCCCUCUUUCUCCCCCUCUAUUUCUUCCUCGCUCUCUCUCUUUCUACCAUCUCCCUCCUCCUCCUCCCCUCUUUCUCCCCCUCUAUUUCUUCCUCUCUCUUUCUACCAUCUCCCUCCUCCCCUCUUUCUCCCCCUCUAUUUCUUCCUCUCUCUCUCUUUCUACCAUCUCCCUCUCUCCUCUCUCCUCCCUCCUCCUCCUCCCCCCUCCCUCUCCCUCCUCCCCCCCCUCCCUCUCUCUCCUCCCCCCUUCCUCUCUCCUCCCUCUCCUCACUCCCACUGAUCUUGCGGUCCAGUGUGGACUUCUGUCAUUCAUUCACUUUUCUAUUUGUCCCUGUACGUGUGUUUUACUGACCUAAGGUUUGCUAGGGAAAUGGAGACCAAAUCCAGUUAUUCUAUUAGUCUUUUAUCACACACGUCUUUACGAGGUUAUAACCCACAAAUAGCUUGCCGAUGUUUUAAAUUUGAUUACAUUUGAACAGUUAGCUUUUGUUGGGAGUGGGGGACAGCGUGUGUUAGUUCGACUGAAGCCUGUCUUGUCUCAGAAUGUUGAAGUAUAAUCUGUGUCUGUUCUCUGUCUGGGAAGGUCUCAGAGGGCUGUCUCCGUCUGUCAUCGUGAACGUUAAAUGACUGAACAACUUUAUUCUUAAGGAAAAAUAGAAGGAAAGUGCAUGCCGGCCCUACUUGUACAAAACUGCAUUGAAGGCAUACAUAGUAUUACAGUUGAGUGUAUGCUGGAUUUGAACUGAAUAUUUAUACCAGUCUACUGUUAUCUAUAAACAACUUAUGCAAUGCGCUUCUUCAAUAUAUUUAUCCAACAUAUCUAGCUCUUAGGAGGCUUUUAAAUUAAUGUUAAACUUAAAUACAAUAUAUAGCACAAAAUAUCACCAUACUUAUACCACAGGGUAAUAUGCUGCAUUCUUUUGAGUAGCAAUGGCUACAGUGGGCCUACCUGCCAACUCUGCUUCUUGCACUGCUAUAUUGAGUAAGAAUCAGAUACACCCUUUUACAAUGGAUACAGGUUCAAAUGCCUAACCAGCCAUGAACUGUAUGUCUGUAGUCAUACAUGUGGACUUUCACUUGAACCUAAAGAAGUGCUCCUCUUGAAAGGAUCUGGGAAUCAAGGAUAGGAGAAGGAUAGUGGUGGGGGAUGAAGGUCACAGUUAGCCCGGUUGCUAGUCUUUAUAGCUACACUCCUUGACACGGAGUAGCCUUCAAGGAGGGGAAUGUUAGCUAAGCAGACACUGGCAUCAGGCUAGGUCGGAAUAGUAUAAUGUACCGUAGCAGAUUUAGGGUUACGGUAAUUUACAAACUUCCCAGAUUCUCCAAAAAUCCUUGGAGGAUUCUGGAUUUCUUGCUUAUUCCUUAUGGAUUCGGCAAUCUACCAACUGGGAUUUCUGGAAAAUCUGGGAAUAUUUGGAAAGUUACUAGAAUUUUGCAACCCCUAAUUAGAUUCCUAUGCAGUGCGUUAUGGGCAGGAGUAGCUUUACUAAGUGCUCUGCUAAAUGUAUUCAAAAUGGAAUUAGCUUAGAUUGGAAUAGUGUGUUAUGCAAAUUAGUAUCUGCUUUACAAAAAUGUAAGGCUUUUAAACACACAUGCCGGCAGGAAUGAAGAUUCAAAGCUUUUGUAAAACAUUAAAAUAUUAUACUCUAUUUUGUUACUAUAUUUUGAAAUGAACAAAAUACUUAAUGUUUCAACACAGAGCUUUUUAUUUAACCAAUAUUUUUGUAUUGUACUCAAACUGGAAAUAAAUAUGCAAUGUGUAUACCUGA